AGACUCCAUUGCCCCGGCCUCACUGUAUCCUUGUUCAACAUCCUCUUCUUACUACCAGAUAGGCAUGAAUCGCGUGAAUUUCCCUUUUCAGCCAAGUAAAACUACCAAUUCGCCGUCCCCAUCUCAGUCGCCAUCGUUCAACUGAGCCCUUCCCUUCGUCGAGCCGUUUCAAUGCGCCAUGGGGAAGAAGGGCAAGAAAUCAGCGCCAGGCGACUCUCCGGCCGAGACGACUCAACCUUCGCCGCUCAAUUCGACUGCCGCUAAGAAAAACAAAGGCUCCCCCGCUGCGACCGCGCCCACUGUAUCCUCGUCGGCUCUCGUCAUAUGUAGAAAUAAGCAUUGGCGAUACAUAUCUUCGUUCCAUGGACCAUGGCUCCAAUUGCCCGUCGAAGUGCUCGAAACCCUCGCCAAUGCGAACUACUACAUGCCUCUCCCACGCCCCGUCGACCCAGCCGUCUUUUAUGACUUGGUUAAGAUCAGACAGCUCGUCGACGGAGCUACAGAGCUGUCUGUGCGUGCAGCACACGGUGUCACCUCCUUGGCCUUAUCCAAUUCGCUCGCGGGGUUUCCCACGCAUCAUAUAGAAGCGCUGGGGCUAGGAUUACAAUAUGGCAGUAAUGGAGGUGCAAAGCUUAGUCCCGAGAGGAGGUUUCGUAUGCGAGAACAGGCCACCCAGAAGCUAUCACGGGCCUAUCGUCUUGACGAGAUAGCCUCAAGUGUUGCUACUAUGCAGUCGACAUCCACGCUAGAGAAUGUUGCUGGGCUCGUGUUGCAGCGAUCACCACAUGACCCGGAUGCGAAUUAUGUGCAUUUCUUUCACGAAAAGAUCCCCUCCAGGCAAUUGGCAGAGUGUACAGACUUGCGCGCUUUGGACAUGAUUAUUGCGCAGCGACCGUCGGACUGCGAGCCUUUGCGCACUCGCGCUAUUGUUCGGAUGUUCAAAGAGGAUUUUGAGGGUGCAGCUCAAGACCUCACUUCCGCGUUAAGUGUCUGUCGUCUCAACAGACCGCAUAAGCGCCCUGGGGAAGAAUCUAUGCAGCUUGAGCGCAGGGCCGGUAGACGUCGGGACAACCCUCCACUUGAUGAAAAAGACCACCCAAGCAGUACGGAGGUGCAGCUGUUAUUUCAGCGUGCAGGCUGCUACUUGACCCUGGCAUGUGACUAUGUCGAGCCUGCAUUAGCAAACGAUCUCGGUGAGCCCGCCGGUAAUGGUGUCAACGGCGUUGGUGGCACUAACGGGAGUGGGCCUAUAAGAGAAGGGGUCACGGACGGCACAUCCGGAGAUCAAGUGCCAACUAAGAGACAGCUCGAGGGCAGGAAAACCGUACGACUAUAUGCGAAGCGUGCAUUGCGAGAUUACAUGGAAUAUCUUAAACACUUCCAUCAUUCACCCAACUUGCCGAUUGAGGUAUCUGACGACUUCAGCCGUCAGGUCAACCAGGCGACACAUAGGAACAAGCGACACUACGGACAAUCCCGCUGGGCUUCGCAGGAAUCAAAUAGCCCGACUGGCAGUUCUGUUGGACAUACUGUCUACCCCCUAGCCACCUUGUUCUCAGCCACACCACCGGCAGAUCUUCCUCCUUAUCCAUCCAACGACAUCGCGUGUGCUGCGUUUGCGUCCAAUCCUGUCGACGCUUUGGAAACAACGACUGAAGUCGUAACGUACCACCCGCUUCUUACUGAUGCGUUACAUUCAUUGCUACUAUGUCACACCCUCAUCCAGACAUCGACGAAGGAACUUCAACGCCAUGCUUACAUGGUGGCCCGUCUGGCUCGGCUGGCAGACGGGUAUCCGGUCUUCCAAGCUAGCAGAUCGCCCGCUCGUGCAGACUGGAUUGAAGUUCUGCGGCGGGCAGAAAAUUGGAUCGAACUUGGAUCAAGCUGGGAGGCGCUUUGUGCUCCUGCGCCUCUUCCUAUUCCGCUAUCAGCGAACACCAUGUCCACUCCCACAGCCGGAGUCAAUGCUUUGUCUAUCACAAGCAGUACUAGCCCCGUUGAGACAGAUGAACAGCGUAGAGAACGAAUAAGACAGCAGGCCAUCAUUGAAGCUUUGGAAGAUGAAAGGGUGAAUGACGAGGCCAGCUUCAAAGCGGCGAUUCUUGCUCGUCAAAAACGUGCCGAGGCUGAUCAAACUACGGUCUCCGGCGGUACAUCUCCCAAUCCAAAUUCGAAUUCCGCACCUAAGAGGUGGGCUGUUGAUGAUGGCAGAGAAUAUCCCAUUUUGACCGAGCGUGCGGAGGCCGUCGCCCGCUGGAUACGGGAGGCGCCGACGGUGUCCGGUUCAGGUAGCGGAAAGCGCAAGAAGAAGCCGGCAACAAAAAAGGUGUCGUCCAUCGAGAAACUUGAUUUAGCCAGUGGCCGACCAGAGUCUAUGGCAGACCAGGUGUCUUUGGAAGCUUAAGUAGCGCUUCUAUGCGCCUCGGGAUUCAUUCUACACAGCUUCACUUAUGUAACUUGUAGUCUACACAUCAAAGCGAGGGAUCACGUUGAUCAGCGGGUUACCCCAAGAGUGGUCAGAGACAGGCAUCAAAGAUACAUCA